AUGCGCGAUUUCAUAGCAGCCAAACUUCUUGUCUCUCCUGCUAUUCGUCGUAAAGAAGGAGAUUUGUCAUUGCUUCCUGAUUGUUGUACCGUUCACAAAGUCACACCAGUCCCACCAGAAUCAGAAACAGAGAUUGAGUUUUACACUGCCGCUAAGGUGACUGUAUUGGCUCCAGUUGACAUGUAUACAAUUUUCAACACGUCUGCCAUACUAUACUCACUUGCCUAUGAUUGCAGUAUUGAUGACAACAUGUUAAUCAGGUCCCUCUCCAAUGUACUUUUCUAUUUUCCAUGUAUUGGUGCUAAAUUCAGAGAACUAAAUACAAACAACGAUCAAGAUAUGAAGAUGUUAACUGAUCAAGAACGAGACUUGAUACAAAAUCGAAGAAAGAAGGUUGCAGUUCUUGAUCACACCAAUCGUUUCAUGAAUGUGAUUGUGUGCCGAAAGGACAGUAAAACCUUCCUCAAAAACUGCAUUUCUUCACAUACCAUGGAUAUUGCCUCUAUUAUUGAUCAUCCUCAAUUCCUUGACGAAUUUAUUGUUGAGAAUGAAGUGGCUAUACCUUACUCCAAAAAAGAAUUAUCUCGUAUUCAAAUCACCUAUCUCGAGGAUUGUAACAAAAUGGUUAUUUCUUUGUCUCUGAACCAUUCUGCUGGAGGAGCAGAGCUUGGUCACUACUUUUUGCAGUGUUGGUCAGAAAUGGUGAGAUGUGGCAAAAUAUCAGAGAAGCCCACAGUGAGCAGAUUGGAGCUAAUUUUGGCAAAGAACAAGUUGGAUCAUAUCUUUCAAUAUACACACCCAGAAGUCAAGUCUAUUUUUCAUGAAUAUGUAUUCAACAUGGCCAAAACAAUGCUUACAUGUCGAUUCAAGGUAAGAAAAGUUGUACUUGGUAAGGAGAAAAUAGAUUCGUUUAAAGAUCAAAUCAGAAAUAAGCUUGGCGAGAGGGCACCAAAAAUUUUGUCAGCCAAUGAUAUUAUUUGUGGAAUUCUAUUUAAGAUGAUGGCUCAUGGAAAUUCUAACCUCUCUGAUGAUACUAUUUUGAAUUUGAGAAUUGUAUCCAAUUACAAGUAUAUUUAUCCUCCCAUCAUGUUCGACACGCUCUCUAAGAUUUUUGUUGGCAAUUCUCAAAUGCCAAUAUGGAUUGCAAAAUCAAAGUCUGAGUUGUGUAAAAUGUCUCUUGAAGAAUGUAUUGCAUUGGUGAGAAGUCAAGUCCAAGAGCAAUAUUCGGAGACCAAUGUUCGAAAAUUCAUUGAAGAAACAAGCAAAUCCUAUCAUGAUGAAAGGAGAUCGGACUGGUAUAGACCAAUAAUGACCAAUCAACGAACAACAUUGUCAUUUUCUAAUUGGUCCAUUUUCAAAUUUUUGGAUAUUGAUUUCGGUCAAGGAAAACCUUCAAGACUCCUGAAUUUGAAAGAUAUCGAGGCCGUUCAUAUUGCAUUUUGUAUGCAACAAACAGAGAAUACGUUUACUCUGAGUUGUGGAUUAACAGAUGAAGAGUGGACUUACAUGAGUUCCUUGAUUUCUCUGUUCUUAUUCUGA